CAAUAACAUUGUAUCAUAGAACUUCAUCGGGGAAUUAGCGUCCACCAACAGAUCACCAAUUUUAAAGACGAAGAUGAGCUGGACUUGUAGCUGAAAGUCCCAUGUGGACUGGGCAAAACCCAGAUAGGAUUAACGGAAAAAGGCGAUCUAUGAUAUUCUAAUCCCGCCCAUCAUGAAGUUGACAACCAAUCAUUCGGCCUUACAACGCACCGAAGUAUGACGUCAUUCAUUUCCCAGCGGGAUAAACGAUCAAAGAUAUGAAUUCACUUAUAGAAAUAUAAAAGACGCGAAAUCAAGUAUCCCGUACAGACAGUGAUGCUGCGCUCAAAGUUACUGACAGUCCUUCAAUAUACCUGAUAUAAAACGAAUCAUCGUCCAUUUACAUUAUUAUAUAAUCGGACUCGGAAAAUUCAAGAGCCGAUAAGGUUGGUGCUGGUUGAACUCACAUCUGAUAUACCUUCUGAUUUAAUUUCCAAUCUACAUUUUAUUGGAUAUAAGCACUAUGGAUGCAAAUAAUAGUCAAACGGAAGCCGAAGGAUGGGAUGGUGCGAAAUAUAAGAAACUCGAUAUACUUGUAGCAGUUGUCUACGUCAUAAUUUUUAUCGUCGGGAUGUUUGGUAACUGUUCCGUGUUCAUUACCAUUGCCUGCAAGCAGGGCAUGCGUCAAGCAACAAAAGCGCCCAACAUCCUUUUGGCAAGCCUAGCUCUGAGCGACUGCAUAUACUUACUGAUAAAUACGCCUGUUAGACUUUCUGAAAAGCUUUUCGAAAAGAAUCUUGGUAAAACAAAAUUUCUGUGUGGCUUUUUCACAUCGAUUGGAGUUUUCUCUCAAGGAAUAUCUGUAUUUAGUCUAGUUAUACUUAGUUUCGACCGAUACAAAGCCAUCCUGAGUCCAUUACAGCAUCGCCGGUGGCAGACUACUAGAACAUAUUACAGUACGGUUUUUGUUUCAUGGAGCCUAGCCAUCGCUUUCGCAUUUGGAGCAGGAAGUCUUUCAGAAUUUGAGAGGAUUCAGUAUAAAGAAAUCGAUAUGUUUUGGUGUCAUCCUUUGGACUCAUACAGCAUGCAGUCUAAAAUUUUCGAAAUCUCCAGGGCCAUAUUCAUGUUCCUUUUUCCUAUGACUAUUAUCGCGUAUUGUUACGUCAGUAUUUCAUGUCAUCUUUGUUCCACUGGCAGAUUGAUAAAAAAUGAGACAGAGAAUAAAAAGAUAAAAAAACAACGUGUGCGAUUGGCCGCUAUCAUUGCAACCAUGGCUGUUGCGUUCUUUAUCUGCUGGUUCCCAUACAUUUUAUAUAAUCUUUUGCACCAGUUUGAUCGCAUUAGUGAAACGGGAGCAACUGCUGCUGGGUAUUUUACACCAUUACUUGCAUGUGCAAAUUCUUGCAUUAAUCCAGUGAUUAUCUACUUGAUUAGUCGGGAGUUCCGAAGUUACAUAUGUGGCUAUAAAUUUGGUCAUCAAAAAACUGCGACACCAUCUGUAGUUGGAUCAUCGCGAUUUGCCAGAUCUACCAUAGUUUCUUCGUGGAAAUUCUUAACUGGUGGAAAUAGUUCCAGACACAUCGGCAAAACUCAACAGUUCUCAAUGACCACCAAUGGUCUUCUGAAGCCUACCACCGGCGCUGAACCGUUUGCUUAGACUUAGGAUGCUUAUUUUAAUAUGUAGUUCCAAAAUGUUUACGACACACUUUUGUGCCAAGUUACAGAGUCAAUGGGGGGGGGGGGGGGUUAAGAUAGCUAAAAUUAUGAUACAAGCUUCAUACCGCUAACAAAUUGUAGAGGGACUAGAAAUAGGUAGGCAUAAGGGAUGCCUCCGUUAUAUGGAAAGAUACACUGGACAGACGAUGGAUGAACAGGCGAGCAAGAAAAGGUACCAAAGAGGCAACCGAGGUAGUGAGAGGGGUACCAGACAGACGUCGGAAUAGACACAGUACUGACAUACGAUAAGAGAGAUACCGAAUAUAUAGAGUUACCCGAGUAAUUCGUUUUCCUCUAUGUACAUAACACACAUAUAAUGGUGACAAUAUUAAUAAUAAUGAUGAUUAUGAUGAUGUUGAUGAUAAUGCUGCUGAUAAUGGUGGAAUUACAAGGCGCAUUGUAAUAACAUUUGUGUGCAUCACAUUGCAAAGUAUGGUAGAAUAAUACAGAGUAAAGUAGAAGGUGGCCAAACGAGACGAUAUAUUGGACAUACGUUAGAUGUACAGUGAUUAUGACAUUAAGGACUGCGGUGGGAUGUUGGUAAGGAGGUGUGGCACGCCUUUCAUUCCGAGUGCAAAAAUAGAUAUCCUAGCAACUUCGAAAUACUGUAUGAUACAAAUUCGCUACCCAUGAGGUAGGAACCUCGUGACGGAAGCAUCUAUUUAUCUAUUAUUUUUUGUUAUCUGGUUUAUGAUGAAUGGUAUAACUGUUUGUAACUCAAGUUAAAAUUUUGUAGUACCGUAUACUCUAUAUAAAAGUGAGUAAUUUUUAUUGUAUGCCUACAUGAUUAGAUGUAGGCCUAAGCCCUAAUUCAGAACAUGAGGCCAUGUGAUUGUUUAUAGCUUAUGUACUGAUUAGUGAAUUUUAACUAUACAGUAGAGUUCAGUAUUUUCGUUGAUAACGGUUUAGACACACACUAAAAUGUAAAUAAAUUUAAUAAUGACUGACGUGCUCACUAGAAGAGGUGCCAAAUGAGAGAAGGCUGUUAAGAAGCUUACCUUUGAUUCCCCGGUCCUGUGUUCAAAUUCUGUCAUAGGAUUUUUAUCGAAUGAAAAGAAAUGUUACACUCUAGUGGC